AUGAGACUUCUGCUAUUGACUAUGAGCUUGGCCCUGGUCUGUACCCUACAGGUUAAGGCCACCAAAGGUUCAGUAAAUGACAUCAAUUUCAACAAGCUUCUAGGAAGGUGGUAUCCUUUAUUUUUGGCCUCCAGUGAUGUGGGAAGCAACUCUGCAGCUUUUAUCCACAGUAUUGAUGUGAAAGCAGACAAUCUGAUAUUUUACUUCACCCUCAGGAGAAAUGGUGAAUGUAGACAAGUUCCAGUAUUGGCUUACAAAUUGGAAAACAAUAAAUACAAACUCCGAUAUCCAGGCAACAAUGUACUCUACCUGGAAGAUUCUGACCCAAAUGAUUAUCUCCUGAUUUAUACAACUAAUGAGAUUCAUGGGAUGGAAACUAAAGGGGUAGAGCUCUACAGCCGACAGAAAGGAGGGGCUUUAAAUCAAAUCAUAAAAAGUAAAAUUUGA